GACGGAAGGACCGGGCGCGGGGUACCGCGUCCCCGGGCUCACAAUCCUGCUUCGCGUCCCCAACUUGCUCUGCCUGCGAGAGGCCAGUGCUGCGGGUGGUAAAAAGAAUUUACCAACGGCCAAGGAAUUACAGCAAAGUGAAGUUUCACCAUCCACAGCAGGACAGCCGCAUUGCCCGCGUGGUGGCGCACAGCUGUCAUCCCUGCACUGGGGAGGCCGAGGCGGGAGAGUCGCUGUCUGAGACUGGCAAGACUGCUGGUAUCAGAGUGCUGGGCAGUGGCUGCCCUCGCCGCCCCCAGGAAGUUGCGACGUGAACUCUGAUGUUGGCGACGCAGAAGUUGGGAGACGCAGACUGCAGCAGUGUCUCCUCCUCCUGGCCUCGAGCUCACCGGUUCCACCAGCAGCGCUGUGACCUCCGGACGCCGCCUGGACUCACUUUCCUUGUCAGCGAUCAGGAGCAGCUCGCCUGGCCCUCAGGCAGUGGCGGUGCACACAGCUCGCGGGCACCAUGAGGGCGGCCUUGUCCGGCACCAUUCUUGUCGUGGUGGUCUGUGCAUGGACGGCCGCUGCUGUGGACUUCCCCCUGCCCGUGGCCUCCACAGGCUCGCCGCAGGAGGACACCAAGGCCGAGUGCACCCGGAAUAUAAAGAGGUGCUGGUUCCUGUCCUUCCUCAAGCCCAGCGAGCCCAUCUGUGCCAGUGACCAGAGGACCUACAGUGGCGAGUGCCACCUCUGCUCCAGAGUCCUGGUACAGGGACCAAAGCAAGAGCACAGCUGGUGCCCUCGAGCUCGCUGGACCAGGCGCGGCAGCAGGAUGGGGACAAACUCCCAUACGAGAAAAAGCAGUGGCAGAGGUGACAUGAUGUCUGUCCUGCGAAGCCCCCAGGCGCUCCAGCUCACCCUCGCCCUGAUCAAGCCGGAUGCGGUGGCCCACCCACUCAUUCUGGAGGCUGUUCACCAGCAGAUCCUGAGCAACAGGUUCCUGAUCGUGCGCUGGCGGGAGCUGCUGUGGAGGAGGGAAGACUGCCGCAGCUUCUACCGGGAGCACCAGGGACGUUUUUUCUACCAGCGCCUGGUGGAGUUCAUGGCCAGUGGCCCCAUCCGAGCAUACAUUCUCGCCCACAAGGACGCCAUCGGGCUCUGGAGGGCGCUGAUGGGACCCACCAAGGUUUUUCGAGCCCGCCACACAGCCCCGGACUCCAUCCGCGGGAGCUAUGGGCUCACUGACACACGCAACACCACCCAUGGCUCAGACUCUGCAGCGUCAGCCAGCCGGGAGAUCGCAGCCUUCUUUCCGGACUUCAGCGAGCAGCGCUGGUAUGAGGAGGAGGAGCCCCAGCUGCGCCGAGGUCUGGUGCACUACAGUCCCGCGGGCGGCGUGCACUGCGUGGCCGGGACCAGCCCCAGCCAGCGGGGCACUGACUGA